CCUUCCUCCCUCCCUUCCCUUCCCCCACCCCACCUCCUCCUGGAGUCCCCGCGAGUGCGCGAGCGCGAGUGCAGAGUGAGGGAGGGAGGGAGUGUGGCGAUAUUGCGAUCUGAUCGAACUCGGGGACCCGAACUCAGUUCUCGGACGAUUCCGGCGGGACCGGGUUCGGUGAUGAUAGGCGGCGGAGGGGCGGAGGCGGCGGCGGCGGCAGCGCCUCGAGGAUUCGUCCAAUUCUCUCCGGCGGAAUCGGAUCGGGGCUCGUGAGAUCUCCCGUCGCCGGUGAGCUCCUCGGCUUUUCGACGGGUUUCGGCGCUCGCUUGCUCGCUCGUCACGGUGUCGCUGCUGCUGCUGCUCGGAGCGCGUCGCCAUUGAAGCCGAGGGGAAUCGGAGAGAGAGAGAGAGAGAGAGAGAGGAGAGAGAGGGAGCGAUGAAAGGCGGUGGCGGUGGCGGUGGAGGGAGCGGGGUGGGCAAGCGGCGGUGGCGAGGCCUGGUGAUCGGAGUGCUGGGCCUCGUCGUCCUCUCGAUGCUCGUCCCCCUCGGGUUCUUGCUCGGCAGAUUUCACUCCGCUUCCACUUCGGUUUUCGUGUCUGACCAACUCAAUGCGGGCUCGAGCGGUAUUAGGAGUUAUGACAAGUACGACGUGCAAAGCAGGAAUUGGUCUAAGUCAGAGAAGGAUCACUCGAAACACGUAGAAGAUCUUAUUAAAAAAUUGGGACCAGCAAUUUCUAAGGUGCUUUAUAAGGACAUACUUAAAAAUGUUGAGAGUGGAACAAAGAACCACUCCGUCAGUUCAGUAAACAAGCAUGACAGUCAUCAAGGAAAAGUUGCAGGUUUUGCAGCGCCUGCAAAAGUAGUUUUUCAGCCUGUCCCAAGUUCAAAUGUUACUGAAGCUCAAAAAGUUGAAGGCUUUGAACCUAACAAAGUUGCAGUUGUUGAUGUUGGCAAAUCAUGUGAGUUGAGAUUUGGAAGCUACUGUCUAUGGCUGCAAGAACAUAGGGAAGAUAUGAAGGAUUCUAUGGUGAAGAGAUUGAAGGACCAGCUUUUUGUUGCAAGAGCAUAUUUUCCUAGUAUUGCAAAACUUCCCACUCAAGAAAAGUUGUCUCGUGAAUUGAGACAAAAUAUUCAGGAUUUUGAGCGUGUUCUGAGUGAAUCUUCCAAAGAUGCUGAUCUUCCUCCCCAGAUUCGAAAGAAGCUGCAAAAAAUGAAGGCUUCAAUAGCAAAUGCUAAGUCAUUUCCAGUAGAUUGUAAUAACGUAUACAAGAAGUUGAGUCAAAUCUUGGAUUUGACUGAGGACGAGGCUAACUUCCAUAUGAAACAAAGUGCCUUUCUCUACAGAGUAGCAGUUCAGACCAUGCCAAAGAGCCUUCACUGCCUUUCUAUGAGGCUCACAGUGGACUAUUUUACAUCACAUUCAAAUGAUAUGGAGGUUCCUCUUUCUGAGAAGUAUUUAGACCCCACGUUGCGUCAUUUGGUCAUAUUCUCCAAGAAUGUACUUGCAUCUUCAGUGGUGAUAAACUCAACAGUCAUGCAUGCAAAAGAAAGCCAAAAUUUAGUUUUUCAUGUGCUGACAGAUCAAGAGAAUUACUUUGCAAUGAAGCUAUGGUACUUUAAAAAUGCUUAUAAGGAUGCCACUGUUCAAGUACUAAAUGUUGAAGAUCUUGAUUUGGACUACCACGAUAAAGCAGCUUUAUUGCCUCUCUCUUUGUCAGAGGAAUUUCGUGUUUCCUUUCAUGGCAUGAACAAUAUGUCAAUCCUCAAGACGAGAACAGAAUACAUAUCUAUUUUUUCAAAUUCUCAUUAUCUUCUCCCUGAGGUAUUCCCAAGUUUGAAGAAAAUCGUGGUUCUAGAUGAUGAUGUUGUUGUCCAGCAGGACUUGUCUGCCCUGUGGGGCCUCAUUAUGGGAGGGAAAGUGAACGGUGCUGUGCAAUUUUGCUCUGUGAGAUUGGGUCAGCUACAAAGUUACUUGGGUGUGAACAGUUUAGACAAAAAUUCUUGUGCUUGGAUGUCCGGUUUAAAUCUGAUUGAUCUAGCUAGGUGGAGAGAGCUAAAACUCACUGAAACUUAUCGAAGGUUGGUGCAAGAGUUGGAUAUUGGGGAGCAAUCAAUUGAAGCUGCUGCUCUGCGUGCAAGCUUGCUUACCUUUCAGGACCUAAUUUUGGCUUUGGAUGGCGAGUGGGUUUUGUCAGGACUGGGGCAUCAGUACGGUCUUGAUAGCCAAGCCAUCAGGAAAGCUGCAGUUUUGCACUACAAUGGAAACAUGAAACCAUGGCUUGAGAUGGGAAUUCCUAAAUAUAAGGGCUACUGGAGAAAGUUUUUGAAUCUACAAGAUCAGAUAUUGAGUGUAUGCAAUGUGAACCCUUGAUUGGGUAGUGAUUAAACUGCAUGAAGCUCAACUGCCUUUCUGCUGGUAGCAUUGUCUUGCAGAUGCCUGUUGACUUGGUACCGUACUAACCAGUUGAAAGAUUUCUCAGAAAGGUAGCUGCGAAUCAAGUGCUGGCAGCCAUGAACAUUGACAUAUAUCUCCCAUUCUUUUGGUAAAUAAAAGAAUAUCUACUUGCCUUGCAAAGCAGGAAAGGAAGACAUUCUGUGACCAUGUCUGAAAUUUUGCAAGGGACUGAUCUCUGUCUGGCAGUGAAUCCAUCGGACAAAGAGGGAUACGAGUCUUAUUUUUUUGUUCCAUAAGGUUGGAAUUCGAACGGCUUGAGUGGAAAUCGGCAUGAAUAAUUGUUUCGUUCAAGGUGCUACUACAAGGCGCUCCUGGGAAGAGAAAACUACCACUUGAUGAUAAUUCUGGACGGGAAAGCAAGUAUUAUAGAGUAAGUUACUUGUUUUCUUUCACAUUUUUUAUUCCGGACAUGUCUUUUUUGAACUUGAUUUUUUUUGGGUGGUUAAAACAAUGGAAGGGCUAAUUCUUACAUGUAUUUGUACCAAUUGUACAUUCUAGCGUUUAUGAAAUUGAGCCGACAGCGGCAUAUCUCCA